CGAUUCUAUAGUUCGGCCCUCGCUGCAGCCUCCAUCCCCGUAGAUAAUUAGAUGGUUGAGAGUCAUGGCAUAUCAGGUCCUAGCCUUCCACCAAGCAGUGAGCCGUUCGAAAUGUUUGAGGUUCCUCCGGACAUAUGGGAUGAGUAAAGGUAACAGGAUAUGGAGUUCUGCACACACUGCAUUUGUGUCACUUUUCGGUGAAUACAAAAUAUUGUAUGGCGUGAACGAAUCAACAGCACAACCUGCAUCUAGUGAUUGUGCUAGUGAGACUUCAACACCACAAUCAGAUUCCAUGCUUAUGAGAGAUUUAUACAACAAGAGGAUGAAGCUAACUACUGGUGAUGGUAGUCGUAGAACUGAAUUAGACAAGUACUUAGCUGAAGAUGUAGAAGAAAAUAGUCAUGAAUUCAACGUUCUCAAUUGGUGGAAAUGCAACUCAUUGCGCUUUCCUAUUCUUUCAAGAAUGGCUCGCAACAUAUUAGCAAUUCCUAUUUCAACCGUUGCUUCUGAAUCAGCUUUUAGUACUAGUGGGCGUAUUCUUGAUGGCUUUCGAAGCUCCUUGACUCCGAUGACACUCCAAGCCUUAAUUUCUACACAAGAUUGGCUCCGUCGUAAGCGUAUCAACAUCGAGGCUGAUCUAGAGGAGUUGUCUAAACUAGAAGAAGGGGUUCUAGAUCUCCAAGCCUCAAGUGAGAACGAGGACCUCUUUAUCAUUGAAUGAUGUGUCCUCGAAGCAACAAAGCUAUUUUAUUUUGGGUAAUUAGGCUGAUGGGAAUCGUUGAAGGUUGAAACUACUUUUGGUAAUUAGGCGGCUGGCAUGGUAGUUGAUGAAGCCUGAAACAAUGCUGGUGAAUAUUUUGGUAAAUAGUUGCCCUAGGGCAGCACUACGCAACCUGAAAAACUGUAGUUAUGCACAUGUUCUCUACUGAACUAGUGACUAAUGUGUAAAUCUUCUAUAUAUGCUUGUGUACUAAUUAUGAUAUGCUAAGGUACACUAUGCUUGUUCUGUUCUAUGCAUGAUGGGAUGAAUAUGAUGGCCCUGAUGGAUGAAUGUUGAUGCCUGAUGGA